UCGGUGGUGUUUGCCCUCACCCAGUCCCUGCAGCUGCCUCCUGUAAGUUGAAGACCCAAGCACAGAUGCUGCCCUACGAUGGCAGCCCCACGGAAACACGGCCUCUUCCCCCCGGAUCCUUACUACAUCCCAGGAUAUGGUGGGUUCUACCCUCAGAUCCGCUACCAGAUUGGAGAAACCUAUGGCAAAACCACCUCUCGCCUGCUGACAGACCCCAGUGUUCCGAAGAGCCCUUGCUCUGUGCUGGCUCCCCUGGUGAAGCCGAGGUUCCUAGAGGACUUUACUGGUACAAAGCAUCCUUCAAACCAGAUGCUGGACCAAAACUACAGUUACUUUCCCGGAUACACGGGCAGAAGAGCGGCCAGAAGGCUCAGCGUGCUGCCUCUGCCCACAGGCGUUGCCCCUGCAGCUCCCGUUGGCUGGUGCUUGGGGAGCCGCAUGGAGCCAGGGUUCAUUCCCUACCAAAAUGCCCAGUUUGGACCAUGCUAUCCAACACCAGCCACUGCAUCAAGAGCCCCACUGCUAAUGCUACUGCCAGCACAGGUACAACAGUCGUGGGCAGACACAGACACUGGUGACUCUACGCAGCUACGUGAGCAGAGAAAGUAUAUCCCCUGCCAUCCUGGCAUUAGAUUGGCAUGUGGGCAUGGAUGGAAGAGUUCCUCCUCCCCUACUGGCAUGCAUCUGGCAUCUGAGCAGGAGGAGAGGAAGGCACCCUGCUAUCCUGACAUUGCACUGGCAUGUGGGCAGCAAAAGAAUCGUGGACCGUGCCAUCCUGAUGUGGCACUGGCAUGUGGGCAGGGAUGGAGGAGCUCUCCCUGCCUCCGUGGAACCAAACAGCCUGUUAGGAUUGAGGGAGUGCCUUUGGAUGCCGUGACCGAGACAGUGGAUCUAAGCAGAUACAAUCAGCUCCCAAAGCUGGAUGUCCCAAACCUGAUCCAACGGAAAGCCAUUUCAGGCUACACUGGAUUUGUACCGCGCUUCACCUGGAUUAUGGGUGUUAACUAUCUCAAGGGAGUUAAAGAUGCCAUGAAUGAAUUUGACAGAAAUCAGUUUAUGGUAAGAAACCCAGUGUGGAACUUUGGUAAGAGACUACCACAGACAUAUUGGCCUAAUAAUAAAAUAUACAGCAGCGCUGGACUGAUACCUUUCUACACAGGCUUUGUACCAACCCUCAGACACAGCUAUGCCUUAACAUUUGGCAAUAGUACCCGGAAAGCCUACCAGAAAGCGCAGAAACAAAACUGUGCGCUGCGAAAAAUGCUUUAAUUGUGAUGUCUGUACAGCAUUUGACAUGAAGUCAUCAGGAAACAGAAGAGGAAGGUACACAGUAAAGACAUGAAUAAAGACAGUUUCUGAAUGA